AUGGUUACCAUGAAAUACAAGCAGAAUAUUGCAACACUUCAAGUAACCCAUCACACCCAAAAUUCUCAAAAAUAUGCUCUGACGAGAAAGGAAAAACAACCACCAUCUAGAGUAAAUCUAAAGAUGAUUGAUAAAAACUUACUUCUAGGAGUAGCUCAUUUGAUCCUAGUAGCAGGUAAUGCAGCCAUUGCGGUGGCCGGUUGGAUUAUCUUAAAAGAGUAUAAAAGUGAAUACCUUUAUGUUGGUAUGUUACUUCCAUCGAUUGGGUUAACAGGGGCUGGAUUCUCUACUUUUGCCUACCGAAUCAAGCCACAAUGUUUUACGUUAAUUGGUAUUAUAAUUUCAUCCGUGCUCUCUGUUAUUGGGGAAAUCUAUACCAUUACUGCUUUCUUUUUCGCAUUGGGCCUAUAUCAUUACCAUGAUAGUGGGCAAAUGCUGGCAGUUACUCUAAUUACCAUUCUGCUGUCAUUGCAAAUAUUAAUCUUCUCAAUUUAUAACAUUGUACGAUGUUAUCGCCAUAUGAAAGCUUUAUACGCUUGCCGAGAACGCUCUCAAGAACACCACAAUACUGUUAAUGAAAGUGAUGAGACGUCGUCGCUUUAUACAGAUAAAUUUUGCUAUUCUCCCUCUUCUAUUACUUCUUCCUUUAAUACUAUCGUACAUAAUCAUCGAAUUAUGGGUAUUGCACAAAUUAUUACUGGCACUAUUUCAUUUGUACUUGGAUUAGUAUGCUUGUUUGUACUUACAGAUGCAUUUACUUUGGCCAAUAGCUAUUUGGGUGCAAUGGUGAUUACAUCGGGUGCAGUAACAUUAUUAUCCCAUCGAUAUCCAAAAUUAUCAUCCACGUCUCUUUGGUCACUCAUUUUAACAAGAGCAUCAUCAUUAUGGUCCAUUUCAACAACCUUUUCAUCUUUACUUUAUUACCUAUCUACUGCUUUACGCAGGGAAACUCAUUUAACUUAUACAGUUUUAUUUAUCAUUUCAUUAUGGGGAGCUGUUGGUAACUUUAUCAUCUCUAUUUGUAUCACUGUUUUAAAAGUUAAGCGCCAACGGUCGCCAUUCUUUACAUUUAUCAUCUUUAAUCAAUUUGGUUCGACAACAACUACUGGCCAAUUAAUGAUUAGAGCAUGUUUCGCUUUUCUUGGAUUAUUGACUCUAAUUGUGGGUGUUGUUGAAUCAUUUGUUGGCACUUCCUCUCACAUUUUCAUUGCUCUUGCAGUUGGAUGCCAAUUGAUUCUAACUGGUCAUUUUGGCAAUAAUCUUGUCAUCAAAAAUUUAGAAAAUGAGGCUAUUGCUUAUUUUAUCUUGUUAACAACAUCGCUGGUCUUUAUCGUCGGCUAUAUUAUAUUAACCAUUGCGGAAUUUACUACCUUAUUGAGUUUGCAACCACAAUUGGUCAACACUGGAGUAGUCGCCAUGUUUUGUGUUAAUGAAAUUAUAUUAUUGCCAGUGCUUAUUAUUUGCAUAUAUGAAGCAAUAACUUGUGGUCAUCAAGUCGGAUUAUGCUCUAGGGAUAAGUUUUCUGCGAAUUAUCAUUUGCCGAAAGAACAACCUUGUCAACGAAGUAUGGUCGCCAUGCAUAAUGAUAUUAAUUUGGAAAUAGUGGAGGCCAAGGUCUAA